AUGCUCACACAGGAGUCUGUUGAAACGGUCUCCGAAACAGAAUCAUCUCUCAAGGCUCAAAACAUUCCAGAGGUACUAGACAAAGACAACCAAGCUGAUGAUGAUGCAGCCCAAUCAUCCCCAACAACACCACAUCCACGCGAUCAUAGCCUUACUGAGCUUAAAGAAGAAUCUAUCGUUUCAUCUACAGCAACGGCAACUCGAAUCUACUCUGAAAUGGAUUCUAUAGAUCCAGAUUCUGGGACAGAAUAUUCUGGUAAACUGUUUAUGAUUUUGGCGCGUGGCAACUAG